GCAGUUCGGGACGCGCGCCGGCCUGGCGGCGCACCGGCACGCCGCGCACCGCACCACCCUCGGCUCCAACACGUGCACCAUCUGCCAGAAGACGUUCCGGGCCCGCAGCACGCUGGUGACGCACCGGCGCAUGAUUCACGGGCCGGGCGAGCGGUGUCGCCACUGCGACGUCGUGUUCCGGGACUUCGCCGAGUACUACCGACAUCUCGCGGACGCACACGGAGUUCGGAAGUUCGUGUGUCCAAACUGCGGCGCUGGCUUCGCCCGGAAGGUGAUGCUAAAUAAGCACCUAGUGAAGGAGGCGCGGCACAUGAGGCGGGCGAAAAUUGUGGAGCGGCUGCAGGCGCUCCAGUGCUCCGUCUGCGAGUUCCGGCCGCCGGUCAAACGGCUCGGCCGGGAGUCGUCGGUCCGCGCGCGCAUCCGCGACCACGAGCACCGCGCCCACGGCCUGCACGGCGCCCUGCCCAAGGUGGAGUCUGCGGCGCCGGAGGGCGUGGCGGAGGCGCAGGGCGAGCGAUACGCAUGCGACGUGUGCGGCGCUGUCUACGGGUGCAGGCGCGCCCUCGGCAUACACAAGAGGGUGCACAGGGAGCGGAUCGAAAACUUCGCUAGGGGAUUCGUGUAG